CGUGUGCGGCGCGGCACUGCGCAGAGCUAGUUGUGGUGAUUCCUUCGUUCAGAACGCGUGUACACUAUUCAAACAAAAUGGGGUGCGGUGAAUUCCUAGUUAAAUAUAUUCUCUUCAUCGCCAACUUGGUCUUUGCUUUGGCAGGCCUGGGGCUCCUUGGUAUUGGUAUUGCAGUUCAGCUGCAGAUCUCUGCUAUCACGAACUUAAUAACAGACAGCAGCUUCCAAGUGGCGCCGAUCAGUUCUAUGGUGGUUGGAGGGAUUGUCUUCGUCGUCGCCUUCUUCGGAUGCUGUGGAGCUAUCAGGGAGAGCAACUGCAUGCUCGUCACUUAUUCAAUCUUUAUGCUGGUGUUGAUGGUCCUCAAACUCACGCUGGCCGUGCUUAUCUUCGUGAAGUUGGACGACGUGGUGCAAGAAAUCCCGCGGUGGUUGAACGAGGUUUUCAACAGGGAUCCCAUCGGAUUCCAUGAAAUCGAGAGGACGUUCCAAUGCUGUGGUCCCGCGGGUCCCGUCUCCUAUCUCAACCUGAAGCUGCCGGACACCUGCUGUGCGUCUCCCUGCAACAUUGUCAGCAGCGACAACUUCUCCGGCUGCAACGGCAUCUUGCAAGACUUCUUCAACACAUUCGGUCUGGUCAUCGGAGUGGUGGCGAUCGUGGUUGUCGCCAUUGAGCUUGUGGCAGUGGUUUUCGGUCUGUGCCUCGCGAACCACGUGCGCAACAAGAGCAGGAGAGCUCGCUAUUAGUUGUAACUAACUUUAAGUUAAUUUAACACCUUAACAAUGGACAUAUCAAUGAUCAAAUCUGUCUCUCAGGGCCAUAUUAAUAGAUGCUACUACUCAAUAUCGCUCUGAAGUGCGAUAUCAUUCGUGACAAGUAAGAGUUGAUUGAGGCUUUUUCAUAAACAGACAUUAACAACAUCUCAAGUGAUAUCUUGAGUCAUAGUAUAUGAUAAAUUUUGACACUAGACCGCGCCGACUCAGCUGGCGUUUGGAUGACGGCUCAAGUUUUGUUUAUAAUUGAAUACGUUGAAUGUCUACUUAAGAUCUAACUCAAAAGUGAGAUCGGUUUAUUAAUACGGCUCUACGAAAGUGAUAGCGUUUGACAGAUUUACAAUAUCUAUGUUAAGGUUACUAUUAAAAUAUAUUUACCUAAUUAAUA